UCUUCUCAGCUCCAAUUUUUUUCUCGGUGCAUCUACCUUUACUAUUAUAUAUCUGCUUCCGUCGCUUCGAUUGCUUUCGUUCCCAAAAUCCUCGAUUGCUUUGAACGAGUUGUCGAAUUCUCAAAAAUUGAUGCUUUGUUAAAGAUAUUGAGCUCUUUGAUAAUCGAAACCCUAAACAUCUCAGUAUUUUCUGUUUGGCUGCUGGGAAAGUUGAGGAACAGAUUUCCCAGAAAGGAGGUUUGGGAAUUGGGAUCUGAAAAGAUGGGAAAAAAGAGUAAAUCAAAAGCUCCCAGAGAGGUGAAAGAUGAUACACUUGUAGAAGAGGAAAAGCUGCCAUGUUCGGUGAAAAAGCCUACUUCUGAGGUUGAUGAAACAUCUGCAAAAAAGAGGAAGAAACCCGAAACUGAGAAGGGCGAGAAGUCUCCAUCUUCCGCGAAGAAGCCUGCUUCUGAGAUUGAUGAUAUAUUUGCAGCGAAAAAGAAGAAAACCGGGACUGGAAAGGCUACAAAACCAAAAGAAAACUCGACUGAAAAACCGCACAAGCUCAAGACGAAGAAGAAGGAUAAAGGGAUUAGAGAUGGCGGAUUUGGGGACCUGUCUUCUCAGCCGAAAAAGAGAACACAGGAUGGUCUUGCUGUUUAUACAGAAGAUGAGUUGGGAAUUAACAAUGCAGAUGCUGGAAACACCCCGCUUUGUCCGUUUGAUUGUUCUUGUUGCUUUUGAGAUGCCUGCAAAAUCCUAGAGAUUUUCUAGUCUUAGAGAUUUGCUUUUUCAAUUCGAGGAUGGCUGAGUGUAGUUUUCGGCAUUUGUUUUAAUGUAUACCAAAACCUGGUUAAAUGAAUCGCGAUCGUGUUCUGUUA